CUAGGGAGAGGUUUGACCAAUAAUCUUUUUCCUCUCUUUUCUAUCGUAUUUCCCUCUUUCGCUCUCAUGAGUUCGCCAAUAUCAUACCUCGAUAUAUGUGGGGCUGAGGCACAUCUUUGAAAAGGAGCCACUCAAAAAAAGAACCGGCCCGAGGAGUUAUAUACCUUUGAUGCGGUAAUCGGUUCCUUCCCAACUCAAUCUUUGAACACCAGCAAGUAAGGCACAAGCCACUUAUUCCGGGAAUUCCAUGAUAGAUCUAUUAUACUGUGCUCAAAUGCUCGGGCACAGGCUUAAGAUUUGUUCUUCUCCCAACCCACAUUCCUAUUUGUGGGCUUUUAUUUACUCCAUUUUGGACCCUCCCCUCGUCCUCCCCCUCAAUUCAUUCCUUCUUUUCCCCCUUCAUUGACUCCCCCUCCACACACACACCCUCUCCCUAUUCCUUGACCUCUCCUCCUUGCCUUCUUCUUCCGUUGCCCCCUCAAUUAGAUCUUCCAAGCAAUUGCCCUUUCUUGUUCCCCUUAUCCUCCUAUUCCUCACUCUUUGCCCUUCCCCCACUCAGCUUCCUUCCUUCCUUUGAUCUUUCCACAACAUUGCACUCGCUAUCAGCUUCCUAAUUUUCAACCCCCCCUCUCUCUCCCAUUUCCCAAUUGCUAAGUCUCUUUGCCACAACUGUUCGUUGGCCAUCUGCCGCGCGUCCAGGGAAACCUCAGGAUGACGUCUGUAUCCGCAACGUCUACAUCCACGUCCACUUCCGUCUCAGUCGCACUUAGCUCGGAUCCUACCCCGAGCCAAACCAGGCGUUCCACAUUUCCAUCUGCAACAGCAUCCACCCCCCCACCACAAUCCCCACACGAAGUAACCUGCCGGUCGAAUGGCUAUCACAGGAACCAGAAGAAGCCAAAAGACUCGCCAGAAUGCGACAAGUACAAACACGCGUUUGCAGUGCAUUCGAUGCCCAGGACGUCCACGCUGUCUCACGACUCUGUCGACACCCCUUCCUUCAUUGGCUUCCGAAAUUUGAUGGUUCUGGUUCUGAUUGUGGGUAAUCUGCGGCUCGUUAUUGAGAAUUACAUGAAGUAUGGUGUUCUUGUGCACAUUUCUGGAGCCGAGUUCCGGAGAGAUGACUUGAAGAUGUUUUGUCUUCUCUACUGCUUGAUUCCCGCCCACCUAUUUGUUGGUUUCCUGAUCGAGUUCAUUGCCGCAUACACUGCGCGCGGGGACCAGGCGAGGAACAAGAAGUCGGACAAUAGGAAUCCAAAGCUACAGAGCUACUGGCGGAUUAUUGCACUGGCCCAUGUGGUUAACGCGACGAUGAGUCUUAGCGCCGCCAAUUGGGUGGUUUAUUACAGAAUUCAUCAUCCACUGAUUGGCACUUUUUGUGAAUUUCAUGCCGUUAUUGUCUGGCUCAAGCAGUUAUCAUAUGCGUUGACAAAUCGUGACCUCCGGGAUGCGUUUCUAGAGGGCGUGCCCACUCCGAGGAUCUACCAAAGCUGCCCGUACCCUCAGAACAUUACAGUUCGCAACCUUUGCUACUUCUGGUGGGCGCCAACACUUGUCUAUCAGCCGGUAUACCCGCGCUCGCCGACCUUCCGUUGGCCCUUCUUCCUCAAGCGUGUUGGGGAGACAAUUGCUCUAUCGAUCGCUAUCUGGUUCCUCAGCGCGCAGUACGCCGUGCCGGUGUUGCAAAACAGCGUGGCAGCUAUGGGGAAACUCGACGUGGCCGUGAUUUUGGAGCGCUUGAUGAAGCUGAGCACGGUCAGUCUAAUAAUCUGGUUGGCGGGUUUCUUUGCACUUUUCCAGAGUGGGUUGAACGCCCUGGCUGAACUGUUACGAUUUGGUGAUCGGGAGUUUUAUACCGAUUGGUGGAACUCCUGUUCGGUUGGCACGUAUUGGAAGACAUGGAACAAACCCGUAAACAACUUUAUGCGUCGCCACAUCUAUGCACCGCUCCUUGGACGCGGAUGGUCCAAUCAGAGCGCCAGUGUCAUUGUCUUCACCUUCAGUGCGAUACUCCACGAAUUGCUAGUUGGUGUGCCCACGCAUAACAUCAUUGGUGUCGCGUUCGCCGGAAUGAUUUUCCAGAUUCCACUAAUCGCAACCACCGCUCCCUUAGAGAAAAUGAGGGGGCAGGGGAGUGUAAUUGGGAAUGCGAUUUUUUGGGUUAGCUUUUGUCUGGUUGGGCAGCCCUUCGCUGUCUUAAUUUAUUACUUUACCUGGCAGGCGAAGUUUGGGGAUGCUUCGAGGACAUUCAAACUUUAGUCUUGUCUUGUCCUUGGUCUCCGUUCUUUUUGGGGUUCUUAUACAUAUUACUGGGCGUUUUGAGGGGAAAUUUUCUUUCUAUCUCCUUGUUUUGUUUUGCUGUGUAAGUGGGGUUGUAGUGGGUUAGCUAGAGGGUUGUGUUUAUUUAUCCCAUUUUCACAUUACAUCUGUAUGCUCACAUCAUAUCUGUAUGGGGGGGUUUUGAACCUUUCAAUGUGAGUGCGAGUGUGUGGUCGGGAAGUGGGAACCGUAAUCUAUCCUUCACAUGUACUCGAGGAAAAUGUAGUUUAGAUGAAACGGUG